UCCAGACAUGAUAAUGUUUUCGUCUUUGGAGAUCCUUCUCACGCGGUCAAAGCCCUCUUGCAAUUUCGAUCGCCAAGAAGACGACUGUAUUUUCGAGAAGGAAGGCAAACCGUGAAAAUCGUGCAAUAAAAGCUCAGCUCUAGCAAUAUGGAAGGCAAAAGAAAGGCAGCAAGGCAGCAAAAACUUUCACCAGCAAAGAAGCAGAGAAAAUCUGAUAAGGGCGGUGAUGAGAAGAAAAGGAGGCGUAAGAAGGCUAAUGAUGGAAUCAAGAAACCUGCUUCUGCUUACAUUUAUUUUGUCAGUCAGUACAGAAAACAGUUAAAGGAAAGGGGAGAAGAUACUAGAAAUGUUCAAGAAGUAGCAAAAAUUUGUGGUCAAAAAUGGAGAGAGAUGGAUGAAAAUGACAAGGCAAGCUAUACAGAACUUGCUAACAAGGAUAAGGAGAGGUACAGCAGAGAGAGAGAUGCUUAUCAAAAAGCUCAGGGGAAAGAUCCAGCUAAGCCAAAACGUCCACAGACUGCAUACUUUUAUUUCCUGGCUGAUUUCAGACAGAAGCAGAAAGGAGUUCCUUUAAAGGAAGGGGAAAAAUUACCAACCCUUGCAGGUCAAGCAUGGCAAAAAAUGAGUAAGAAGGAGAAGGAGCCUUACCUUGAGAAAGUUGCUGAAGACAGAAAGCGUUAUGAGAGGGAACUUGAGGCAUACAAGAAAGAUAAUCCAAUGCCAAAUAAACAGGCUGCUAAGAAGAAACCAGUUAAAAAGCAAGAGGAACCUGAGGAAGAGUCAGAGGAGGAUGAAGAAGAGGAGGAGGAUGAAGAAGAAGAGGAAGAGGAGGAAGAAGAUGAGGACUCUGAGUAAAGAUUUUUAGCAGCCCCAUAGAUUUAGGUUAUCACAAUAGAAAGUUCUGUAUAGAAGGUUUUAGCUUGCAGCAGUCCAUUUUUUAAAUUUAGAUGACCUUCAAAGAAGUCUAGAGAAGGUUGCAAAAUUACCCUCUUCUGUCCCAUGCACACCAUCAUUCAAUGACAAACAAGAUUUCAUUGAGUAAAUUAUUGAUCACAUAUCUAGCCCAAAGGUGUAUUUGUCAGUUCUUCAUGAACUGCUAUCCUGUAACAGACAAAACUUACCACCAAUUUUGAAUUUGUCUACAUAAGUCGUCUUGAAAUUGAUGAAAAUAUUUGUCAGUCAAAGCAGGAUUUAUAUAUUGAGGUUUGAUACAAAAGGCCUUACUCUUGACAAAUCUCCAGCUAGGGAUUUAAUUAGAAAAGCAAAGACUUAAUUUACAGUCUAUCAAAUAAUGUUACCCAAAUAUUGUCCAAAAGUGUUUAUAUUCAGUGUGUGUCCCUUUGUUCAUUUGGUCACACUCUGUCUAGCAUGAAGGUAUACCAUUAACAAUAAGGCAAGAAACCCAUUUUUCCUAAAGAAUAUACCGAAUUGGUAACUGGGCAGUGUUUGCUAAACGUUUGUGUUGUCGUCUUGGUCGUUGUUGUAACUUAUCAUAUAUAGUAAUCUGGUUUGUAGCAUACAUUGGUAAUUUAGAUACUGAAAGAAAAAGUGUGGUUUUUUGACACGUUAGUCUAGGUUUAAGUUUGUGGCAAAGUCCGAAUUUGUUAAACAUAACUGCUUUUCUGCAUGCUUGCAUAUUUUCAUGUGUGGUUAUAACUUGUAUUGCUUUUAGAUAUUUUCCUCUGCUAAGACAAGCACAAGUGGUACACGUUUUUAGGGAAGACAAUUUUGUGAUAUAUUCUUUGUAAAAUACUUUCAUUUGAUUGCAAUAAAUUGAUCCCAAAGUUUGUUUUUUCUUAUAA